AUGACAACUGUCAGAGCUUUGUUAGCAGUGGCAGCUAUGAAUGAAUGGUUCACAUCUCAAAUGGAUGUAACAAAUGAAUUCUUGCAUGGUGACCUUGAAGAAGAGAAGAAAUACACAACUGACUUGCUGAGAGAGGAAGGGUGGUUAAAUGUGAAACCUCUUAAGCUUCCCAUUGACUCUCAUUUGAAGCUCUCUGCUGAUAAAGGAACACCUCUCCCAGAUCCUGCUAGAUAUCAGCAAUUGUUAGGGAAGCUUAUCUACUUGAAAAUUACUAGACCUGAUAUAUCCUUCAUUGUCCAAUUGCUUAGUCAAUUCAUGCAUUCUCCCACUUCAACUCAUAUGCAAGCUGUGAAAAGAUUGCUAAGAUACCUAGCUGGCACUGUCUCUCAAGGUGUAUUACUUGAUAGCACUUCUGCAGCAGAAUUGGCUGCAUAUUAUGAUAGUGACUGGGCCAGUUGCCCAACUGCUAGAAGAUCCACAACAGGUUACUGUAUCCUGCUGGGAAAAUCUCCUAUAUCUUGGAAAGCAAAGAAACAGUCACUGGUGGCUAGAUCUUCUGCUGAAGCUGAGUAUAGGGCAAUGGCUCUUACAUCAUGUGAAGUGACUUGGAUAAAGUCUUUGCUUAAGGACAUGGGCAUCAAAUACUUAGGGCCAGUACUUAUGCAUUGUGAUAAUCAAGCAGCAUUGGCUAUAGCUGCUAACCCAGUGCUGCAAUGA